CGGCCCUAAAAAAUGGUGAACUAAGUUUUAGUUUUCCUUUUACCGCCACCGAGAGGGGAAGGAAGUGGGUGCGAGUGUAAUUCUGGAAAUGGCUCUUCGAGGUGGCUUCCUGUGCCCUACAUAUCGGCUCCCAAAUCCAUUCUCUUUCACCAGCAGGAGCCGAGAUGCCGGCCGACGCUUUGCCGAGAGCGCCACGGCCGCCGUCGCCGGUCGUCGGAAGCGGCCACAGAACGUGGAGGGGGAAUUCUUUGUAGAUCACCUGUGCAUCGAUUGCGAUACCUGCCGUUGGAUGGCUCCGGAGGUUUUUACGCGGGUAGAUGACAUGUCUGCCGUGACCAGACAGCCGAGCUGCGAGGAAGAAAGGAUUAAAGCCCUCCAGGCAUUGCUUUCUUGUCCAACCAGCUCAAUACACACUGAGAGGCCCACCAACAAGAUUCUCGAAGUUCAGAAGAUGUUUCCUCUUCCGAUAGAUGAGCAGAAAAUCCCUGGUGUCUAUCAUUGUGGUUAUCACUCUGAGAGAUCUUAUGGUGCAACUUCCUACUUUGUCACUCACCCUGAAGGGAACAUACUUGUUGAUAGCCCAAGAUUCACAGAGAGAUUAGCCUGCAACAUAGAGAUGCUUGGAGGCGUUCGCUACAUGUUUUUGACUCACAAGGAUGAUGUAGGAGAUCAUGAGAAGUGGAGCAAGAGGAUGCGAUGUGAAAGAAUUCUCCAUUCAGGCGAUGUUGAGAUUUCUACUGCUGAUGUAGAAAAGAAACUUUGUGGGGAAGGCCCCUGGGAUAUUGCAACUGAUCUUAAGCUCAUUUACACUCCAGGCCAUACUGAAGGUUCUGUUUGUUUGUACUACAAGCCACUGAAGGUGUUGUUCACCGGGGACCAUCUCUAUGGAUCAGAAGAAUCAGAUCUAGCAUUUUCUGUAAUAUACAACCAGCAAUCAGUGAGCUUGCAACUGAAGAGUAUCAGGAAACUGUUGGACUUUGACUUCGAGUGGAUCUUACCAGGUCAUGGCCGGAGGGUGACAUUUAGAGACAAUCAAGAGAAAAAUUCAGCUUUAGAAGCUUUCCUUGCCAGGCAAGAGCCAUUGUAUGCAUAACAUUAGAUGUUUUUGUAUAUAUAAUGUACUAUAUAUUCAGCAUAAUUUUCUUCAGAUGUUUGAGUCUUCAUGUUUAGUACAUUACAUAAGUUCCACUAAAUGGCAGUACAUGCUAUGAACAUUUGAAAAUGAGAUAAAGCAUUUGACAUGCUGAUUAUUUGUAUGACA